AUCCCUUUUGAGCCGUGACUCCAUUGAUUUCCGGCCAUCAGCUCCGGUUUACAAGUGUAUUAUCUUCUUCCCCAAUCAUUUUCGUAGUUGUAGCUCAGCUUGAUGAAUAUGAUAUAUUGUAUUUUUAUUUUUAUUUUUAUUUUACCUUUGUCAUUUCCUAACGUAUCAACAUAUCUUCACCAUCUUCAUACAUUUAAAAAAAAAAAAAAAAGAAAAAGUAAACUCGGAGUAUUAAAUCGAUUUUCUAUUUGAGAUAUAUCUUUUUUUUUUUUUUUGACUACAUUUCUUCUUUCUUCGCUUCCUUCCCUUUUUUUCUUUCUUGGUUACAAACAUGUCAAGACGAGGACCACCACCUCCACCUCCAACACGACCGGAUACUUCAAGAAGAACCUUAGGAACAAGUUCGUCUGAUACAAUAAGAAGUAAUGGAGCAUCGCCACUUUAUCGUCAUUCGACCAUUAAUGUUCAACCUUCUUACCAAACUCUCGAUAUUGAUAUACCUGAACCAUCACAAACUGAAGCAGGAAAAUGGACUUUUCAUUCACAACGAGAGUUUCCUCCUCCUCCUCCUUUUGAAAAAAAAUUACGACGAUAUCCUACUGGUGCUGAAACUGGAUGUUCUUUGCCUAUUGACUUAUCUCACCUAUAUUCCUGAAACUUAUCCUGAUAGUUUAGUAUUUUAUUAUUACUCAAAUAUUCCAGUUAGGUUUAUUUACCAUAAUUUGAAAAUAAAGACUCUAUGAUUUUUCUUUUU